AUGAUGUUCGAUUUCCGUUCUCUUAUGGCUGAAAUCCAUGGAGUCAAACUCGAAGAAGACAACAUUGGAAUCAAGAAGCGCGUGAGAGCUUCUGCUCAAUAUCUUCGAAACGAAACGGAUCUCUUCCUGGAGCACAGUAUUGAAAUUCAAGGAGAGAAUCCAGAACGUCCUCGUCUUCCAAUGUGGUUCACAAUUGCUUUCAAUGAACUCAAAUCGGAAUUAAAUUCAAUCAAUCAUCAGGAUUCUCUACUCAACAUGUUUCCACGUAUGACCCAAAUGGGAUUGCUCACUCAAUUCGGAGAGAACGAUGAUUUCCCAAAACAAGGAGAGAAUGGAUUAUUGGAGGAGGAUCAUAAUACAUUGGAAUACCAAAUUCAUCAAUUCUUGAAAGAUGUGACUGUGUAUGUUUGGAAUGCUCAUGUCUUCACAAAACAAGUCAAGGAUCUUCCAAAAGUCUACUUCAUCACUCUCGAUUAUUUCAAAAGAAAAGCCGAAUCGGAAGAAAUGAAACAUCUCGUCCAAAUGGUUCCAAUCCUUCUUCAAACCUACAUUCAACACUUUGUCGGAAUUCAAAACAUCGGAAUCGACUACGUUCAACGAUGCACUUUCCACCACAAUCAAUGGAUCACAUCUUUCGAUAAUUGA